CAUGUCCUUGAUACAUCUCCGCAUCGUAGACUCUGCGGCGCUGACAAGCAUGGCACCCGUUCUGGCAGGCCUACCCACCAUGGCGGGGUCAACGACACAGAGACCUGUAUGGUUCGUCUUCUCGCUGACGUGCCUGGUAACGGCCAUGGGGCUACUGUUGUACCAGGACGAAGGGAUGGGUUCGCCGAGACUGCAGAGCUUUGGGUGGGCCUUCCUGUCUGCCUGCCUGGUCGCUGGCCAAGAGUUUUUCGCGCACACCACGAAGGACAUCCCCCAGGGGGUGCUGCUGCUCCACUCGUCCUUCACAUCGCUCCUAUUCUCAACCCUGCUCGCCGGCAACGUGCUCGAAAGCCCCAAGGCGCUGCUGACCAAGGUCGACAUGGGUGAGAUGAGCAUGGCCAGCCAGACGGCGUUCGCCUACGUCUUCUUCGUGUCCAAGGCGCGCGAGACGGACCAGGGACUGGCGAACAUGUACAAGUACGCCAUGGACGUGCUCAUGGCGUGCGCUCUCACGUGGACGUUCCUGCCCAAGGAUGUCGUGCCAACUUCCAGCUACGGAGCGGCCGUUUUCGUUCUUUGCGCCGUCGUGACGGCCGAGGUGCAGCGGCUGCACUACAUGCCCCGACCAGCGCCAGGCGCCAGGGUCCGCAUACGCUUCUUCAUGUGA